GAGGGCUUCCCUUUCAACCAGCUACGGGGUCUUUGGGUUGGAGGCUGCCCUUGCGCGUCCUCUUGUGAGCCCCUUCUUAAAUGUGAUCACGUUGACGUUGUCUGCCGCCAUUUUCCUUUUGGAGGACUCAUUCUAACCGAAAAUUAAGCAAUGGCAGAAGGUAACGGGGAAGUGUCAAUUGAGAAAGACACCAAACACGAACAAGAUUCUAAUGUUGAAAGGACAGAGGAUUAUCCUAAACUAAUUGAUUAUGGACUAGACAAGACAGUAGCUGGAAAAUUAGACGAAAUCUACAAAACAGGUAAAUUAGCACAUAAAGAUUUAGAUGAGCGUGCCCUCGACGCUCUCAGAGACUUCCCUGUUGAAGGUGCAUUAAGUGUUCUUACACAAUUUUUGGAAUCAAAUCUAGAACACGUAUCAAAUAAAUCUGCUUUUCUUUGUGGGGUAAUGAAAACGUACAGGCAAAAAAGUAGAGGUGGCACCUCUUCUGGUAUUGGUGGCCCCGCUCCGCUGGCAGGAGGAAACGUGGCCAAGGGCCCUGAUGAAGAAAAAAUAAAGUCUAUCCUUGAAAGAACGGGAUAUUCUCUUGAUGUAACUACAGGUCAACGAAAGUAUGGAGGCCCACCUCCUGGAUGGGAAGGUCCUCCGCCAGGCAAUGGAUGUGAGGUGUUUUGUGGAAAAAUCCCAAAAGAUAUGUUUGAAGAUGAACUUAUUUUGCUCUUUGAAAAGAGUGGGAAAAUAUGGGACUUGAGAUUGAUGAUGGACCCAAUGACAGGAACAAAUCGUGGUUAUGCAUUUAUAACUUAUACUACAAAGGAGGAAGCUAAUCAAGCUACGAAAGAUCUCGAUAAUCACGAAAUCAAACCGGGGAAGAAUCUGAAAGUUAACAUUAGCGUACCAAAUCUACGACUUUUUGUGGGCAACAUUCCAAAGUCUAAAGGCAAAGAGGAGAUUCUGGACGAGUUUGGUAAAUUAACAGCUGGGCUCACAGAAGUCAUCAUAUACAGUUCCCCCGAUGACAAAAAGAAAAAUCGAGGUUUUUGUUUCCUUGAGUACGAAUCUCACAAAGCUGCUUCAUUAGCAAAACGCAGACUAGGAACUGGCCGAAUUAAAGUGUGGGGAUGUGACAUCAUCGUGGACUGGGCAGACCCCCAAGAGGAGCCAGAUUCUGAAACCAUGUCCAAGGUUAAAGUUCUAUAUGUGAGAAAUUUAACACAAGAUUGUACAGAAGAUAAACUAAAAGAGGCCUUUGAAGUAUUUGGAACUGUUGAGAGAGUAAAAAAGAUCAAAGACUACGCCUUCAUUCAUUUUGAAGAUCGUGAUGCCGCAGUUGCUGCAAUGGAUGCAUUAAACGGAAAAGAUAUGUUCGGAUCGUCAAUAGAAGUAUCUCUAGCGAAACCACCUUCUGACAAGAAAAAGAAAGAAGAAAUUUUGAGAGCUAGAGAAAGAAGAAUGAUGGCUAUGAUGCAAAUACGGGGUGGAGGGUAUUCUCCACAACACCCAAGUAUGAUGGGAGCCGGUCCGCCCAGAGGGGCCCCUGGCGGUGUGAGGGGAGCGGGCAACUCCAUGCGGACAAUGGGCAGAGGCGACUAUGAUUAUGAUUACGACUAUUACGGUUAUGGUGAUUAUCGAGGCGGCUACAGUGACCCGUAUUACGAUGACUAUUACCGUUACGAGGAUUACUAUUAUGAUUAUGCGCCGCCACCACCACCUGCUAGAGGAAGGGGCAGGCAAGCACAGCCGGCUGGGCGUGGGCGUGGAGUAGUGGCGCGUGGCAGAGCAGGUGGGCCCCCGGUCCGUGGGGGCCCCAGGGGGGGGCCGGGGGUCGCAGCCUCAGGGGGCCGUGGGGGGGCUCGUCCUCCCGUCCGUGGGGGACUGCGCGCCAAGGGAAGUUUACCAGGUGAGGAUGGUAAACGCAAGUUCGACGGUGGUCACCAGAACCAGGGGGAAACGAAAAGGCGCUAUCAAAGCAGCUGGGGCAAUCAGCCGUUAGCCCAACAACCACUGAGUACUACUUACGGCAUGAACGGGGGUGGUUACAGCUCCAGCAGCGAUGCACAGUGGUACCAGGACAGUUACCAAUGGAGCUAAAUGUACAGGGACAAAGUGGACUGAGAGACAUGCUGAAGUGUGGAAACUAUAAGAUGUUGCUCACAUUUCCCAGACCUUUGUGUAGAAACAGAUAUUUUGAAAGCAAAAUUGUUCAUUUAGUUAUGGGUUUACUUAUUUUAGUUUAUAAAAUUUCGUGUCUGUUCUCGUUGCAAAGUUCGGAAUUGUCUGUAAUGUCUUUUCCAUGCAGCAUGCCGCUUAAAAUUAACAGAUAUCAUCAGCUUGUGUCUUGUUGAUGCUGUCUCGAGUAACAUACUCCUUCUUUUCAUUAAUUCAAAUAAUAUUAAUAUUCUAUACAUUUGUAGUUUGACAAAAUUAAAAGUAAGUUUUACAAAAUUGUGUGUAUGCAUGCGUGACAACGUAAUAAAUAACAUUCCCCCCUCACCCCCUAGUUCUGGAGACGUCACAUCAUUAGGGGGCUUCCAAAAUCUUCAGUUCCCAUCGGCAUAGCUGCCAAUUUGUUUCAUUAAGUUUUACCACACGAGCAUAAGCACUUGUGGAUAUCCUGUUAUUGGUUAUCACAUUAUUGUUUAAAUUUUGGUUAUUAUUGGCUUGUAAGGUUUCCGUUACACAUUUUGAAACCUCUGUUUUUUUUUUAUUUGUUUUUACAUUUUAUUAUUUGUAGAAUGCAGUUGUAGAAAUAAUUUAUGACUAGUUAACAUACAAAUUAUUUCAGUUCUGUUUAUGUUUUUUAAGUUUAAAUGACGCAAGACAUUUUAGUUAUAUUUUAAUUAACAUAUGAUGUUAAAUUGUUAUUAUUUUAAGUGAUUUACAAACUGGAUUUGUUAAAAUCAGCUGCAAAUAUCAAUGGAAUUGUAGAUUCCUGGGAUAGGAGUGAAAAGCCGUUGAUCAUUUAUGUUACGUUAUUUCAUCAACUAUUAUGCUGCAAUAAUAACACACCAUGUGAAUUGUUUCUGUUAUUGUAUCAAUGUGUUAGUUAAAAAGCAAUGAUUGAAACUGUAUGUAGUUCUAGCUAUGUUAGUAAUUAAUUAAUUAAUAUAUUCAUUUAUUUUAAAGUAAACUCGUUUGAUUGUUUUAUUUGUUUUAUUUCAGUUUGUUACAUUGUAAUGUAAUGUAAAAUAUUAUCUUGCGUCAUACUUAGUGAAACGGUAGGACAUGCUUAUGCUUCAUAUUUUGAGCUUUCUUUAUCAAAUUCAACACUUCAGAGUUUAGAACUUGACUAGGAAAAAAUUGAUUAUAAAGUUUUGCUACAAAAAUAUUGUGUUGAGUCUUAAAGUGCUCUGAUAAACAUUUCCCUGUUACAGCAAAAUGUAUGAUCAACUACAUGUCUCAAUAAACAGUUGUAUGUGAACAUUUUA